GCUAUAGUGCAGAAAACUAAUCCACUCAGUUCGCUUCGCGACGUCCUCGAAUCGAUCUCGUUCUCUCUGCGAGCUGUGAUUUUUCCAACCAUAGUGCAGCCACAGGUGUCUCUCUGGUGUUGCAAAAUUAAUCAGACGUGGUUGCGACUCGCGAAACUUUUUGCUGCUUCGGGUCAAAGUUUUGGAGAAUUCACACACCACACUGCGUAGUUCAAGGAGGCUGCACAAGAACAUACAACCAUGGCAUCUCGUUUGAAAAAGAUUGGCAUUACCGCAGCCGGCGUCGCGAUUGGUGCCGCGUUGUCCACCUACGCACUCCGGAGCAGUGAUAUUUCGCCGCACCAUGUCCAAAUGGAGGAGAUGCAACGAAUUCGUCGUAAGCGUACCUUACCAGCCCGUGCCGACCAGGUCAAAUCGCUGCAGAGUGGCGAAGAGUUUGAUGUGUUGAUUAUAGGAGGUGGUGCGACUGGUGCCGGCUGCGCACUGGAUGCGGUCACCCGGGGUCUCAAGACGGCACUGGUAGAAGCGGACGACUUUGCCAGUGGAACCUCAUCCAAGUCCACCAAGCUUAUCCAUGGUGGUGUGCGGUAUCUGCAGAAAGCUAUUCUUGGGCUUGAUAUCGAGCAGUACAAAAUGGUGAAAGAGGCGCUGCACGAAAGAGCUUCCAUGCUUCGGUCGGCUCCGCAUCUAACACGACCACUUCCGAUCAUGCUUCCCGUAUACACAUGGUGGCAGAUUCCCUAUUUCUGGGUGGGUAUCAAAGCUUACGACUUUGUCGCCGGCGAUCGUAACGUGAAAAGUUCAUAUUAUCUGUCGCGUGAGGAUGCCCUUGAGUUGUUCCCUAUGUUGAGAGGUGACACACUGAAGGGGGCAAUCGUGUACUAUGACGGCCAGCAAGACGAUGCUAGAAUGUGCUUAUCGAUAGCAUUGACUGCUGCACGUCACGGAGCUGCCAUUACGAAUCACAUUGAAGUCCUGGAAUUGCUGAAGAAAAAGGAUGCGAGCGGCAAGCAGGUGCUGUGUGGGGCAAAGGUACGGGACAAUUUGUCGAAGAAGGAGUGGACAAUCAAAGCCAAAUGUAUUAUCAACGCAACGGGCCCGUUCACUGAUUCCAUUCGCAAGAUGGAUAACCCAACGGUGAAGACGAUCUGCUGUCCCAGCUCGGGUGUUCAUAUUGUGCUACCAGGCUAUUACAGUCCACAACAGAUGGGUCUGCUUGAUCCGGAUACUUCAGAUGGGCGUGUGAUCUUCUUCCUACCUUGGUUGAACGGAACGAUUGCCGGUACAACCGAUGCUCCGUGCGACAUUACUCACAAUCCAGCCCCUAGUGAGGACGAGAUCCAGUUCAUUCUCAGUGAAAUAAAGAAUUAUCUCAACAAAGACGUGGACGUUCGUCGUGGAGACGUUCUAUCCGCCUGGAGUGGUAUUAGACCUCUGGUAUCAGAUCCCAACAAGGGCGAUACUCAGUCACUGGCACGUAACCACAUAGUUCACGUGAGUGAUUCGAAGUUGAUCACGAUCGCCGGUGGUAAAUGGACUACAUAUCGUGCUAUGGCCGAGCACACGAUGGAUGCUGCCAUUCAGGCUUGCAAUCUUAAACCGGAGCGCGAAUGUGUUACCGAUGGCCUGUGGAUCGAGGGAGCCCAAGGCUGGACACCAACGAUGUACAUUCGUUUGGUACAAGAUUUGGGACUUGAGGUUGAAGUAGCGAAACAUCUGGCUAUUUCGUAUGGCGAUCGUGCGUUUGCUGUGGCAAAGAUGGCUGCACUCACUGGGCAGAGAUGGCCGAUCAUUGGUAAGAAACUUCAUCCCGAGUUUCCGUACAUCGACGCCGAGGUUCGCUACGGUAUUCGCGAAUACGCUUGUACCUGCGUAGAUAUGAUUGCUCGCCGGUUGCGUUUGUCAUUUUUGAACGUUCAGGCAGCGAGUGAGGCGCUUCCACACAUUGCCGACAUUAUGGCAGAUGAGCUAAAGUGGUCAAAAGAAGAGAAGGAAAAACAAGUAAAGGAAUGUGAACACUUCUUGCAAACUCAAAUGGGACAACAAGUGAAUCGUCUACUUAAGGAGAAGAUCCCCAUCAAUUUGUCCCAGAAAGAGGUUGACCAAUUCACAAAGCGCUUCGAAACAAUCGACAAAGAGAAAAAGGGUUACGUUUCCAUAACAGAUAUCAAGCGUGCUAUGAAGGCUGCUGGAGAACAAGAAGUGAGCGGCGAGGCUUUACAUGAAAUUCUUCGUGAAAUUGACACCAACAUGAACGGUCAAGUUGAAUUAGAUGAAUAUCUACAGAUGAUGUCCGCCAUCAAGUCCGGUUAUGUUUCGCACUCGCGUUUCGCCGUGGUGGCCGAACAGGAGGAGAUCCGGAAAGAGCAGGAACGGCUUCGGAAACAGAUCACCGUCGAUCGCUCGGGUGGUGGUCAGCGGAAGUAAUCUAACGCACGUGAAAACGAGUCUAUCAAAUCUGUGUUCACAAUAACCCACACCUCUUUCACAACCCACAAACAAAACACUCACUCCUGGCUUGUAAGAAAGCCUCUCGGUUUUCAAAUAAUUCACGACCACCUGGAUGGCAUGCAGAUAUCCGUAUUAGAUCAGACUGUUUCGUGUUAUUACUUGUUGAUGUAAAUAUUUGUUUAGUUACUGCUAACGGCCCAUCGUCGUUCAUCUGGAGAACAUAGCUCAACGACCCACCAAUUCCGAAAGAUGGAAUCAUCAGGAAUGGCGCAGUCUAGGAAUUGCGACACCUUGAGCAGAGAAAAUCCCUCCAAUGUAUACCAUAAGACUAGCGAGAUCAUUAUUUAUUGAAACAGAUACCAGCACAGGAAGAAGCAGCAAGUGCUUUAUAAUGGUAUCAUUACACAUUAUCAAUACUAUUUGUUCUUAUUCAAACCAACGCCGUUGUCAGGAUUGAUUGUGAUGAUUAGACUAGGAUAUAAGUUAUUAUCAUACAAAGAAAAGCACCCCGAAAGCUGCACUUUCUUCCCGCUAAUGCGGCGGUACCCGCGCUGGAUUUAUCAUAAUCCGAUUAACUGUCUACAUCGGAAGUCACCACCCCUGGAUCACUGGGGUUCCAAUGAACUUUUCAAUGGUCGGAAGUCAGAGCUCAUUGCAAUUGAUUAUCGGUGAACAGUGCCUGAAGUAGGUGAAAUAUUCGAAAUUAUGAGCCAUUUCAAACAUGUUGUUAGGUUUGCCAAUAAAUUUAAAUUUCAGUUGAAUGUA